AUAAAUAAAAAUGCGUGGCAUUUUUUUAAUCGGUUCAAUUUUUUUCGUUUUUAUAGUGAUACGAGCACAUCUCACAAAUUAAAAAAAAAAGCAUCAUCAUGUUGUUCAAAGUAUUUAUUCUUAGCUGUUUAGCAUGUCUAUCAACGAGAGUUGCUGCAAAGCAGAGCUUUGAAUGCCUGCCUGAAUCCCCAAACAACGUAUUCAUCUAUGGCAUAAAAGUAGAAUGCCCUAAAGAUCAGAUUUGUAAUUUUAAAGGGUGUACCGGAGGUACUCCUUUUUCUCCGUGCGAACCAUGUGUGGACUCAAAGAAAGUGUGCGCUAAAGGUGAUUACACAUGCAAAAGCAAAACCACAUUCCAGCUGAAAGAUGUGCUGACUAUUAACAAAUGUCCACCAUUCACAGAAUGCGAUGAUUCCGGAGCCGACUGUUUGCCAUGCAAGGCUCUAUCAUGUGAAGAGGCUGAUGUGUACUGGACUUGUGAAGGAGAGUUUGUCAUCACAGCAACGACGAAAGGAUAUUGCCCACCUGGAAUGGCUUGUAACAAAAAUAAUGAGUUUCCUUGCGCGCCAUGCAUUGCAGAUGAAAACGGAGGCAUUAUCCCUGUUAACAGCGGGACCAGAACCUUGUUUACAUACAGUUUUAUGAUAAUGUCAUUUAUUUUGGGUGUAUUCCAAAUGUACUAACUUGUUGCACUAAUAAGUAUUACUUUAUUGUGAAAAAUUAAUUAUUCUUCUUUUCUAAUGUUUUCUGUAAAUUGAAAUAAACACACCUUCAGAUAUUUGCUCUGAAUAAUUGAAUAA